AUAUGGAUCAAAAGGCAGACGCUGCUGCCAAGCUGCCAAAGCAAAUGCGUCCAAAGCAAAUGCAAAUUUCGCGAAUUGCAGCUGUAUAAAAGUCGACGCAGUUUUGGUAAUGGCAUGUCAGUUCAUUUUUGUUAACCGACGGUGAUAAUCAAAUCCUAAUCCCCCCCGAAGCCGCACAAUGAAUCCUUUGACGGUUGUUGCAGUCCUCUCCACCCUGGCGCUCUCGGCCCAGGCGCACUUUGCCGCCGCCCCCGCUCCACUGGCCGCGGCGCCCUACUUUGCUCCGGCUGCUUACUCCGCGCCGCUGCGUUAUGCUGCUCCGGCUGCUUACUCUGCUCCACUGGGCUUUGCCGCUCCGGCUGCCUACUCUGCUCCGCUGGGCUUUGCUCCAGCUCCCUAUGCUGCUCCCUAUGCAGCUCCCUAUGCAUCUCCUCUGGCCUACUCUUCUCCUCUGGUUGCCAAGACCUUUGCCCCGGCUCCAGUUGCCGCUCCUCUGGCUGCCGCUCCUCUGGCUGCUGCUCCAGUUUCCGCUCCUCUGGCUGCUGCCCCUCUGGCUGCUGCGCCAGAAAUCGUCGAUGCUCAUCCACAGUACAAGUUCGCCUAUGAUGUCCAGGAUACGCUUACCGGCGACUCCAAGACCCAGGAGGAGACACGCGAUGGCGAUGUCGUGCGCGGUUCCUACUCUCUGAUCGAGGCCGAUGGCUCGCGCCGCAUUGUCAGCUACUAUGCCGAUGCCAUCAAUGGCUUCAAUGCCGUCGUCCAGAAGGAUGUGCCCGUUGUGGCGCCCGUCGUGGCCAAGCUCCGCAGCUUUGCGGCACCAGUUGCUGCUCCCGCUCCGGUGCUCGCCAAGACCCUGGCCGCACCCAUCGUUGUCUAAA